CCCUGGGCUAUAACCCACCAGAUCGCUCGAUUUUCCGCCAUUCGCCAAAUUGCUAAGACUCAGGCGCGUGUGAUACCUCUUCCCUCUUUUAAAUAAAUUUAAACAAUCUUAGAAAACAAUCUCGGCCAAAAAAUCUACUACGACAGUUGAGGUGCCGCUAUGGAAGUUGUGUCGCCUCUGGGAUGCCACGAUCUCCGGCCGCUUCCGGCGUCGACGAGUCUCACCCACGGCGCUCAUAUUCGUAGUCGUCUUCCUCCUCCGGAGAGACCUACCAGAGGUCCUUCCAGGUUCCCCGCCAAAAAGCCUAAACCUUUCAGAGAGAGAGACGCAUUCCCUUCCUCUCUCCCGCUCCACUCCAAGAACCCACACAGAAUCUACAGAGACAUCCAGAGAUUCGCCAGACAGAACAAGCUCGAAGACGCGCUCACGAUCCUCGACUACUUGGAUCACAGGGGAAUCCCAGUCAAUGCCACCACCUUCUCCGCCCUUAUCGCCGCUUGCGUCCGCCGCAAGUCGCUUCCACACGGAAAGCAAGUCCACGUUCAUAUCCGCAUCAAUGGGCUCGAGAGAAAUGACUUCCUUCGGACAAAACUCGUUCACAUGUACACUGCCUGUGGGUCCUUGGAGGACGCCCAGAAGGUGUUCGUCGAAAGUACUAGCUCGAGUGUCUAUUCCUGGAACGCUCUGCUCAGGGGAACUGUGAUAUCGGGGAAGAGGCGGUAUAACGAUGUGCUAUCUACAUUUACCGAAAUGAGAGAACUUGGGAUUGAUUUGAACGUUUACACUUUCUCUAACGUGUUCAAGAGUUUCGCUGGUGCAUCUGCGUUGAGACAGGGACUAAAGACGCAUGCUCUUGUCAUCAAGAACGGGUUACUUGAAAGUUCCUUCCUUAAGACUUGUCUCAUUGAUCUGUACUUCAAAUGCGGCAAAGUGAGGCUCGCUCGUAAGGUCUUUGAUGAAGUUAAAGAGAGAGAUAUAGUGGUGUGGGGAGCAAUGAUUGCUGGGUUUUCUCACAACAAAAGGCAACGGGAAGCUUUGGAGUUUUUCAGGAGGAUGGUAAGGGAAGAGGGAAUUUAUCCAAAUUCAGCUGUAAUCACGAUGAUUCUUCCGGUACUGGGGAAUAUUGAGGCACAGAAACUGGGGAAGGAGGUGCAUGCUCACGCAUUGAAAUUUAGAAGUUACAUGGAACAGCCGUUUAUUCAUGCGGGUCUUAUUGAUUUCUACUGCAAGUGCGGGGAUAUGGUGUCUGCAAGACGGGUUUUCUACGGAUCCAAACAGAGAAAUGCCAUUUCUUGGACAGCUUUGAUGUCUGGGUACGCAUCAAAUGGAAGACUUGAUCAAGCUUUGAGGUCAGUUGUCUGGAUGCAACAAGAAGGCUUCAGGCCAGACGUCGUCACCAUUGCUACCGUUCUUCCAGUUUGUGCAGAGCUGAAGGCUCUGAAACAGGGAAAGGAGAUCCACGCUUACGCUUUAAAGAAGCUGUUCUUGCCAAAUGUAUCUGUAGUGACUUCCCUGAUGGUGAUGUACUCAAAAUGCGGUGUUCUAGAUUAUCCGGUUAGACUGUUUAACGGGCUGGAACAGAGGAAUGUAAAGGUUUGGACUGCAAUGAUCGAUUCCUAUGUGGAAAACGGUCAUUUAAGUGCAGGGCUUGAGGUGUUCAGAUCGAUGCAGCUUUCAAAACAUAGGCCGGAUUCUGUUGCAAUGGCUAGGGUUUUGACUGUAUGCAGUGAACUCAAAGUUCUAAAGCUGGGGAAGGAGAUUCAUGGACAGAUCCUGAAAAAGGAUUUUGAAUCCAUCCCAUUUGUUUCUGCCAGAAUCAUCAAGUUGUAUGGACUGUGUGGAGAUUUAAAAAGCGCAAGCUUUGCUUUCGGUGCGGUCCCUGUGAAGGGUUCCAUGACAUGGACCGCCAUUGUUGAGGCAUAUGGAUGGAAUGGACAGUUCAGGGAUGGGAUAAACCUUUUCCAGAAGAUGAUGUCUGAAGGCUUCACUCCAAAUGCAUUCACAUUCACAACAGUUUUAUCUAUUUGCUGCCAAGCUGGGUUCGUGGAUGAAGCUCUUCGCUUCCUCAGUUUGAUGCUCCAAAAGUAUGGUUUACAGCCAUCAAAGGAACAAUACUCGGUUGUUGUUGAACUUCUCAAUCGGUUUGGUCGCGUUGAAGAAGCACAAAGACUUGCAAUGAUGAACACCUAAUGUCUAAACAUUCUCGUAUUGCAUCUCCUGUUUUGUCUGCAAUUACUACUUUGUGUUGAUAGGAUACUGAUCCACUCAGUAAAGAUACAUUUGAAACUUACGUUAUCUGCUCAGAAUGUAAACGCACAUGAACAAUUAGUAAUUUCCCUCGCA